AUCCCAAUACUUCUACUUUUACUCGUCACUACCUGUUCUUCCUGUCCCCCACAGCUUCCUCUCCAACACGUCCUUCACCGGUCUGACGGGUCCGGUCCGGGUCCUUCAGAACCAGGUGCUCACGGAUCAGCGGUUCCACGUCUGGAGCCUCCGGAGGGAUGCAGUGGGGCAGCCGGCCUGGGUGACGGUGGGACGCUGGGAGGGGGGGCGUCUCCAGGUGGAGGAGCAGGGCGCCUGGCAGGGACCCAGACCCCCCCCCAGACCUGAGGGAGGGGGCGCCAGAACACAGAGAACCCCCUGGAAACCCGGGUUACCAGUAUCUGGUACCAGAGUCCGGGUGGUGACGCUGGUGGAGCAUCCCUUCGUGUUCACGCGGGAUGUGGACGAGGAGGGGAGCUGUCCGGCGGGUCAGUUCUGUUUGAACGCGGGGACAAACAGCUCUGAGGUUCUGGAGCGGAUCUUCAGGGAGGUUGCAGGAGGAAACAGCAGCUUUUUACCCGCUGGAUUCGGACGAUGCUGCUACGGUUACUGCAUCGACUUGUUGGAGAAACUUGCAGAGGAUUUGGACUUCCAGUUUGACUUGUAUGUCGUCGGAGAUGGAAAAUACGGCGCGUGGAAAGGAGGUCGCUGGACGGGGCUGGUUGGCGAUUUGAUGAAUGGUUUGGCAGAUAUGGCCGCCACUUCUUUUAGCAUCAACUCAGCUCGUAGUCGCGUCAUCGACUUCACCUCGCCCUUCUUCUCCACCAGCCUGGGCAUCCUGGUGCGUAGUAAAGACACAGCGGCACCCAUGGGGGCCUUCAUGUGGCCCUUGCACUGGUCCAUGUGGGUGGGGAUCUUCGUGGCGCUGCACAUCACAGCGCUGUUCCUCACGCUGUACGAGUGGAAGAGUCCGUACGGGAUGACGCCUCACGGGAGGAACAGAAUCAGAGUGUUCUCGUACUCGUCGGCGCUGAACCUGUGCUACGCCAUCCUGUUCGGACGCACCGUGUCCUCCAAGCCGCCGAAGUGCUGGACGAGUCGAUUCCUGAUGAACCUGUGGGCCAUCUUCUGCCUGCUGGUGCUGUCCAGCUACACGGCGAACCUGGCCGCCGUCAUGGUGGGAGAGAAGACCUUCGAGGAGGUGUCAGGGAUCCACGACGCCAAGCUGCACCACCCGUCUCGGGGGUUUCGCUUUGGGACGGUGAGGGAGAGCAGCGCCGAGGAUUACAUGAAGAAGAGUUUUCCAGAAAUGCACGAGUACAUGAGACGCUUCAACGAGCCGACGACGCCUGAGGGGGUCGGCAAUCUCAAGACAGAUCCCCCCCAGCUCGAUGCCUUCAUCAUGGAUAAAGCUCUGCUGGAUUACGAGGUCUCCAUCGACGCCGACUGUAAACUGGCAACCGUUGGGAAACCAUUCGCCAUCGAAGGUUAUGGUAUCGGCCUGCCGCAGAACUCACCGUUGACGUCCAAUAUUUCCGACGUGAUCAGCAGAUACAAGUCUGAGGGUUUUAUGGAUCUUCUGCACGAUAAAUGGUACAAAGUGGUUCCCUGUGGAAACCGCGUGUUCGCCGUCACCGAGACGCUUCAGAUGGGCAUCAGCCACUUCUCGGGCCUCUUCCUGAUGCUGUGUGUCGGGGUGGGGGGGGCGCUGCUCACGCUGGUCGGGGAACACGGGUUCUACCAGCUGGUUCUGCCUCACAUCCGGCGCCGGCAGAACCUCAAGUACUGGCUGCACACCUCACAGAAAAUCCACCGUGCUCUGAACAUGACGUAUGAAGACGUGAAGCGUCAGCGUGCAGAGAAAGAGAAGAGCUGUAACCUGGAGAAGCCCACGCCCCCCCCAGGACCCCCAGGACCCCCAGGACCCCCCGGUGUUGCGACCAGGUGGAACAACGAGGACGCCGCCGCCGUUGCUAACGAUGCGCGAGACUUCAAACGAGUCCACUUCCACCUGGAGACGCUCAACACCCGGCGCCUCCUCGCCCGCAUGGCCGCCUCCGACGCCAAAUCCAAACCUGAGGGGGAGGGGCCUGCCAAACCAAACACGGGGCCAAAAUGUGGGCCAAUAUUUGGGCAAAAAACGGGGCCAAACACGGGGCCAAACAGCAGACUUGUUGCUAACGGAGGUCCGGCGGCGUCGCUAGCAAGUCUGGUGCUCUCCCGACAAUCAGCUGCCCGGACUAAUGCCCCGCCCCCUAUCGUUGUAGCUCCGCCCCCUGUAGUUGUAGCCCCGCCCCGUCCCGGCGAGCUACAGGAGCUUCAGGAAGAGAUUGAACAGAUGCGUGAAAGGCUGAGAACGGCUCUCGCUCGUCGGGCCGAAAUCCAAACAACGCUGACCAACCCUGUUGCCCCGGAGACAGACAACCUCUCAACAACAACAACAACAGAAGCCCCACCCACAACUUCCCCACCCACUGUGACUCCGCCCACUGUCACUAUCGCCCCGGUAAUGCCCCUUCCCGCCAACACGAAGUGCGUGACCACCAUGACGACCCCCCCUCACAAAGUCCUGUCCAAAGUCCGGCCCUUCCAGAGCAGACUGACCAAUCAGAGGAGGUGAUGCUCUCUCUGCACAGGUCACAUGACCCUCUGCACACGGUGGCCAUUUUAAACUGCCUACAUUUUUGAAAAGUUGAACCCAGAUGUAAAAACUCAGACUAAAACUUAACGCAUUUAUUAUUUAAACAUCUCUACUACUUUUAGUGGGUCCAUUGUCGCCCAAAAAAGCAAGGGGUUGUUUAGAAGAAAAAAAAAUCUCACAAUCUCAAAUUAAUUACACGUUUUUUCAAUUAAUUUACAACUUUAAUCUCAGAGUUAAUUAUAUAAAUAUCAUUUUAUGGCUCUGUAAUGUUUACAUUUUUUACCAACAAUGACAAUUCUGCGUAUUAAAAUUCAGAUUAAAAUUGGGUUUUUUGCUCAAUGCUGCUUUUGGGAGAACUUUACGUGAAAACACAAGAUGGUUUAUAUAAAGAAGUUUUUAAAUAUUAAUCUUUCUUUCUGAAUGUUUAUAAUGGCCACUGUGACGUUAAAGUGUCUCAGAAAUGUUGGUCACCUGAACUGACCUACGGGAGCCUCAGAGGAUCAAAAACUGACAAAAUGAAAUGAGACUUUGACAAACUCUGCAGAAAAGCAGCGAAAUCCACUUUGUGUUUUAUAGGAACAAUUAAGGUUUACUAAAGAAACGUCACAGACUCUCUGAUUAGAACAUUAAUGAUGUAUUAUUUAUCUUCAUGUUUUUAAUGGAUUAUCUCCACAGUAACUUUUGAUCUGAGGAUUAAAUGGUUUCACGUUUGAUUUGCAAAUUGUUAUAAGACAUCAUCACAAUCCAUUAAUUUGAAUAUUAAUUGUCCCAAUGAAAAUGUUUUUUUUUUACAUUUAAAAACACAUUUAGUGUACGGAAAAUACUUAUUGUUUUGUUCAACAAUAUUCAGACAUUAUGUAGAUCCAACCCAGUCUCACGGCAUUUCGUGUUAUAGUCACGAAAUUAAUUUAAUCUAUUGAUUCGUGUUCACCAACACGAUUUUUGCAUUUUUUUCGUGUCACACAGAAC